AGAGAGAGAGAGAGAGAAGUCGCUUGAGCUCCUCUCUUCAUUCCCGGUUCUUGAAGCGCACAGACCGCAUCGCCGUCUCUUUUGUCGCGGCUCGGAAACUUUACGCGCGGCGCUUCUUCUUUCUUUCCUGCUUUAAUCUUAUUUUAUUUUUUUCCAUUUUCAGGAUACAUCCUAAUACGUUGACCGGAAGACGACUGACAUUGUAACAUUAGUGUAUGCUCAUUUUAUCCAGCAUUUCACAGUUGAUCGGGUUGAUAUAUAUAUAUUUUUUCGGCUCAGACGUGGAUUUACCGGAGCCUUUCCCGACCUCCUGUAUUCGGAUCUGCUUCAAGCUCUGAACAUUUGAGAGCUGCACUCAGACAUGCUCGGGUCACAUAGCCAUGCUGGAGGUUUCAGACUCCAACGUUAAAUCCUCACAUGGACUAUCUUGGUGGAGGAGAAUUAAGGAAAAACGCACGGAGAGCGGAUCUUAGACUGGGAUCGAGGAUGGUGUGUGGAUUUACAGCGCGGAGACACCGGCGCCACUUCACUGUCUAACGGAAGUUUUUUUUUUUAUUCCUAGUGUUAUUAUUUCAACAAAAAUAUUUUUUAGCCAAUUCGAACCGAUUCGGCUGUAGAAUAUAGGCGGUUCGGGAGAGCCCGUGUGUGUGUGUGUGUGUGUGUGUAUAUAUAUAUAUAUUUUUAUCUGCUGCUUAGUUUGUGGGUGGAAAACCGAAUUAAAAGACUGGCGUAUGGUACAGAUUGCCUUUGCUGCUCCCAGCUUUUGCACCGUCUCUCGGACUGCGCGGCGCUGCCUGGCCUCGGAUCCCGGGACCUACUUCAUGAUUUGCGGACGCCAUGCUCGUUCUUUAGCCGGGAGACCCUCUGCUCGUCGUCGCGCAUGUUCAGGACCAGACGGUCGGGGCUCGUCCGGCGACUCUGGAGGAGCCGCGCGCCCGUCGACGGCGACGGGGAGGAGGCGGCGGAUACCGGGACGCACGGCGCGGGAGGAAGCGGAAGAGGAAACGGAAGCUUGUGCAUGGGCAAAGCGACCAAGGCCGCCGGUAAGGCCGGCGGAGGCAGCGGCGGCGGCGCGAGCGCGGAGGCCGAACUGAAGGCGCUCACGCAUUCGGUGCUGAAGAAGAUCAAGGAGAAGCAGCUGGAGGUGCUGCUGCAGGCCGUGGAGUCGAAGGGCGGAGCGCGGAGCCCGUGCCUCAUGUUGCCCGGCCGAGUGGACGCGUACUCGCUCCCGCUGCUGCUCUGUAAGGUUUUCCGCUGGCCAGACCUCCGUCACUGGUCACAGUUAAAGCGGUUGCCGUGCUGUGAAUCCUACGGGAAGAUCAACCCGGAGCUCGUGUGCUGCAACCCGCACCAUAUGAGCCGCCUGUGCGAGCCCGAAUCCCCUCCUCCUCCGUACUCACGAUAUCCAGUGGACUUACUCAAGUCGCCCGAUUCUCCAGACUCUCUGCCUGCUUCCACUGAAACUGGGGGAACGAUACAUUCAGCCCCUGUGGGGUUUUCAGAUUCCCAAGGUGUUCAGGAUUGUGGUGAGCACUGGUGCGUGGUGGCGUACUGGGAGGAGAAGACACGCGUCGGCCGCCUCUAUUCGGUCCGUGAGCCAUCGCUGGACAUCUUCUACGACCUACCUCAGGGCACGGGCUUCUGCCUGGGCCAGCUGGGCUCGGAGAGCCGCAGCGCACUUGUGCACAUGGUGCGGCCCAAAAUCGGCUACGGCAUCCAGCUGAGCCGCGAGGCCGACGGCGUGUGGGUGUACAACCGCAGCCGAUACCCCAUCUUCAUCAAGUCAGCCACGCUGGACGACCCUUCGUCACGAACGCUGCUCGUGCACAAGGUUUUCCCGGGCUUCUCCAUCAAAGCCUUCGACUAUGAGAAGGCCAAAAGCCUGCAGAGACCCAACGACCACGAGUUCAGCCAUCAGCCGCGCGCCGGGUUCACCGUACAGAUCAGCUUCGUCAAGGGCUGGGGUCAGUGCUACACCAGACAGUUCAUCAGCAGCUGCCCCUGCUGGCUCGAACUCAUCUUCAAUAACCGAUAGCCACAAGCCCCGCCCACUCCCCAUCCCCCUUUCCUCUGUCGCCAUGGACACGGACUGGCCCUGACCUCGUUUUUUUUUUUUGGGACUAUUUGCUUUUUUUUUGUGACAGAGUGAGAUAAAAAGUUCUCCAGAAGAUUUUACGAGAGAAGACGAAGAAGAAGAAGAAGAAGAGAAACAAAACAAAAGGAAAACCCAGGAACGGGUUUCUAUUAAAGACUUUCGAAAGAUUUAAUUAAAAGUGAAAUAAAAGUUGAUAUGUAUUGUUAUAUAUAUAUAUAUAUAUAUAUAUAUAUAUAUAUAUAUAUAUAUAUAUAUAUAUAUAUAUAUAUAAAUAUAUUAUUACUUGUAAAUACGAAGACGUUUUAUAUGCAUCGUUAUUUAUGUAUUGUGCAGUGUGUUGAUAGAAAUAGAAAAGAUGCACUUUGCUUAAUAUAAAUGCACACCGGAGAAAAUGCCAAAAUUAAAAAAAAGUAACAAAUUGAAAUGAUUUCUCUCUUGAGGUGUUUGUGUUUUAGUGGAAAACAGUUCACACACACUCGGGGAUUCUUCUUCAGCUCGACUGCAACGUGACAAAACGUCAAACUUCUAACAAACAAAUGAAAUUUCGACGUCCCUCUAAUGCACACAUCACACCUCUCCUACAAAGUUCUGGAAUUUUUCCUCCUGUAUUCGCCGUAAAUUUCCCAUCCACCGCGUAGCAAACAUUUUAGCCUUGUAACACGACUCCAGGUUGCUGAAACAACAUUACGCGGCUACGAGAGAGCAAAUAAGCUUCAGGAAAUCAUCUGGGGACAAAAUGUACUUUCACUAGCGUAUUUUGACAGCUCCUUUGUGUCUGUGUUUAUUAUAUUGGAUUAGAUUCCUUCUCCUUUUUAAACACUAUUUUAGGGAACACACUCUCACCUUCCUCCCUCAUUAAGACACUCUGACCUGACAGGAAGGAAGCUGAGAUAAUGGAGCACGUAUAAACCCACACACACACACACACACACACACACGCUUGGUGUCUGAUGUUUUGGUGAUUUGAGAACUGGAGCUACGAGGACGAGGACCUCCUGCUUGAGUCUGAAUCGCAAACACAAUCUGCGAUUUCGUCAUUAUUCCCGAAUCUCACGUCUUUAUCUGAUGCUGUUAUCUAUAGAAACAGACAAAAGAAGGUCUCAGGGCUAAAAACAGUCGUGUCUCCGGCUCCUUCAUGCAGGUGUUUAGCGUAGCACGCAGUCUGUAGAUGUGAUAAUGCAGUUACAGUCUGACUUGUUUACAUUUUUUCACCAGAGACGCUUUCUGCUCAUGAACAAAUGAAAUAAAUGAAAAUGUUUCCUUCA